GGCGAUAUAAACCCGCGCGCACGCUUUUACCGAAAAACACUUUUCCAGACUUCUUGCAGAUUCACAGAACUCGUGCCUUUCAAAAAACGGAAGAAAUGGCGAGUACGGCCCACACACUCUUCCUGGUGAUUUCUUUCGCCAUGAUGUACGGAGCGCUAGCUCAGUUCACGUGCCCGGUAGGACACGACCCGCCCUACCCGCUAUUCUGCCCACAGCCGGGAGACUCGCCCAACGCCACCGCCUGCUGCUACGACUCUAACCGGAUCCCACAGACUUACUGCUGCAACCCCAGUGACAUCCUCGUGGGCCUGGCUGGUUGGAUCAUUGCGGUUAUUGUGGUGGUGUUUCUGCUGUUCUUCGGUGGCAUCGUGCUGUGCAUCUGCUGUUGCUGUAGCUGCUGUUUCCUUGCCCAGCGCCGCCAACAGUCGCAAUAUGUCGUCAUCACUCCGUAACACGAACAAUACAA